AAUUAAAGUUUAUUGUUUAAUACUGCUUUAAAUUCAUAAUUUAUCGCGAUAAUCAGCCGUAUAACAGUAUCUAAACUUAAUCGUUAUGUCUUGGCCCGGACGGUUUCAUUUACUUGAAGACUAUGACGGCUACAACCCGGAUACUUUAAACCUUUCUGAGGACUCCGAGGCUAAAGAUUAUUGGUUUCAGUGUUUUAUCCAACUUGUAUGGAAAUUUGAACAACAAGCAGCUAAAAGUCAGAGUUCUGAUCCCACCGCGGUUGAUCGGGCAGCGCAGUUUCGAAAAUAUUAUUUAGAACAACUUGAACAAUUGAAACAAGAGGAUUGCAGUUCGAGCCAAGAGCCAUUGGCCAUCAGAAAUUUACUAGAGUUGAACGAGGCAUCUCUAAGAUUAUAUGGCUUUGACGAUCCGUGGAAAGAACAGAAACGUCUAGAGAAUGAAGCUUCCAUCAAAAAGCUUAGUUUACGUCUUCAACGGUUAGAUCAGUUGGAGGAUACAAUAGCUAGAUGGACAGAAAUAAUAAAAGGCGUGUUGGCAGGUAACAUGUUUGAUUGGGGGGCACAAGCCGUCUCUCAAAUAUUGGAAACUGAUAAAAACUUUGGUUUAGAUGAAGCCUUGCAGCGUAUACAACAACGUCCCUGGUUAAUUGAUUGUCUGGAUCAAUGGCUCGAUAGACUGCAGGGUCCUCCACACAAAUGUGUCACAAUUUUCACAGAUAAUUCAGGAAUUGAUAUAGUACUUGGUAUAAUACCCUUGGCUAGAGAGCUUCUGUUGCGUCAAACCAAGGUGCUACUAUGUGCAAAUAAUAAACCAGCACUAAAUGAUAUCACGUAUGAUGAGUUAAAGGAAGUUGUAGCCAAAUGUUGCACAGAAUGUAAAAUUAUUCGUGAUGCAUAUGAAACUGGAAUGCUAAAAAUUUUGGGAAACGAACAGAAUGGUCCAUGCCUGGAUUUUCGUCUUAUUACAAAUGAAUUGUGUGGUGCAAUAAUAGAGUGCGAUUUACUUAUUAUAAUUGGAAUGGCAAGAGCGCUUCACACUAACCUAAAUGCCAAGUUUACUUGUGAAACUCUGAAACUUGCAGUUGUUAAGAAUGAGUGGCUAGCAAAGCGACUUGGAGGAAACACGUUUUCUGUUAUUUGUAAAUAUGAAAAUGUUUGAUAUUAUAUGUAACAAAAAUAUAUACGGAUACUUUGAUAAAAAAAAUGUUUUUAUUACUUUCUAUGCAGCUUUAA